AUGCUCGAGCAGUCGAUCCAGGGCCUCAUCAAGGCGCUGCGAGCGAACAAGAACGAUGAGGCCCGGGUGGUCGAGCAGGCGCUCGAGGAGACGCGCAAGGAGAUCCAGAGCAGCGACAUCGACCUCAAGUCUGCCGCCAUCCUCAAGCUCAUCUACCUCGAGAUGCUCGGGUACUCGAUCUCGUUCGCCUCGUUCGCCAUCGUAGAGUGCAUGACGAGCACCAAAUUUCACAUCAAGUCGAUCGGCUACCUCGCCGCGUCGCAGAGCUUCGACCGGGAGACGGAGGUCGCGGUUCUUGUGGUCAACUUGGUCAAGAAAGACCUCCUGACGCCGCCCACUCCACUCUUUUCUGCCUCGCCAAACGCCCUCACCGUCGCCCAUCUCACGACCGCACUCUCCUCCGUCUCGCUCCUGCUCACGCCAACUCUCGCUCGCGACCUCGGACCCGAUCUCUUGUCCCUCCUGACCCAUACGCGACCCUUGGUUCGACGACAAGCCGUCUUGACGAUGUGGCGGAUCCUGCGGAGUUGGCCAGGCGUGCAGGAGCUGACGACGGGCCGAGAGGAACGGGGUGAGGAUCCGUGGAUCGAGCGCAUACGAGAGCGUCUGAGCGACGAGGACAUGGGUGUUGUUGGCGCGACGGUUAACGUUAUUUGCGAGGCGGCGAGAAAGGACCCGCGGAAAUACCUGCCGCUCGCGCCGGAGCUCUUCGGGCUAUUGACGGCCAGCACGAAUAACUGGAUGCUCAUUAAGAUCAUCAAGCUGUUCGCCGUCUUGACACCCGAAGAGCCUCGCCUCGUCAAGAAGCUCGUCCCACCUCUUACUGAGCUCAUCGAGACGACACCCGCCAUGUCACUGCUCUACGAGUGCAUCCAGACCUCGAUCGUCGGUGGCAUGCACAAUGGGCCAGAGGGCGAGAUUCUAGCACGGACAUGCGUAGAGAAGCUGGGGGCUUUCCUCGAGGACGUUGAUCAGAACUUGCGGUACAUCGCGCUCGUCGCGCUCGUCAAGAUCGCCCCGACACACCCACACCUCAUCUCGACGCACUACGACACGAUCCUCGGCUGCAUCGACGACGCCGACAUGUCGAUUCGCAUGCGCGCGCUCGACCUCGUCGAGGUCAUGGUCAACCGGCAGAACUUGCAGACUAUCGUCCGGCGUCUCCUCACCCACCUCCGACCAUCCGCUUCGACUGCCUCUGCUGCCGCAUCCCUACUCCGAGCGCAACAAGCCGCGACGACCGGCGCACCAGCGACUCCCUCGACACCAGCCAUCUCGACCGCCUACCGAUCUUCCCUCAUUUCCCUCAUCCUCCGCAUGACCUCGAGCGGGACCUACUCGAACGUCUCCAACUUUGCUUGGCUCAUCGAUACACUUGUAGAGCUCGCCUACAUCUCGCAGACGCUCCAGACCGACCCCACCGCGCCAGCUGCGACAGCCAAUUCGCCGCCGACUGUGGGAUCGCAGCUGCGUGACCAGCUCAUUGACGUGACGGCGCGAGUGAGGCAAAUUCGGCCUUAUGCGGCUCGGAAAAUGGCGACGCUUAUCCAGGAUGAGGAUCUGCUGGGAACGGGAGACAGCGGUGAUGCGACGGAGGUGCUCGGAGCAGCUGCGUGGAUCUGCGGCGAGUACUGCCGCGAUCUGGACGACCCUCGACCCGUCAUCGCCUCCCUCUUUGGCUCGAGCACCACCUCGUCCCUCCCGCCUCGCAUUCUCGCUCUCUACGUCCACAACGGCGUCAAGAUCUAUGCGAGCUGGCUCUCUGCGCUCGCCGAGGCAUGGGACGAGUCAUCGAUAGACCAGAUCAGGUCCAUCACGACGGCGCUGGAGAACCAGCUUGCCGAGUGCGCGAAGAGCCAGGACGUCGAGUUGCAGGAACGGGCGGCCGAGCUGCACGGGCUGUUACAGCUCGUCAGGACGGGCUUGGACGCGCCUCGACCGGUCGUCCACUCGACGGCGACGGCAGGGGAAGGGCCGUCUGACGAAGCGGGCGGCUUCGCCUCCUCCAGCCGCGCACCACCUCGGUCCCUGAACCUCCUCGACCCACUUUUCUUCUCACACGAGCUCAAUCCCGUCAACCCCAAAGCCCAGGGCCUCGUCACCGUGCCCGAAGGACUCGACCUGGACGUCGCGAUCAAUGCGAGCGCUUGGGCUGCAGAAGAUGGUGCCAGUGCGGACGAGCGGGAGCCCGAGGUAGACGAGUUUGGUCGGCUGUUGCGGGUGGCGGUCGUCGCGAGUGAGGAGACGGAGCGGGCCGGGAAGAAGAAGAAGAAGGGCAAGGGCGUGAGCGGGAAGAAGAGCAAGCGGAGAGAUGUUGAGGACGCUCCCGAGGAGUUGUCUAGGCUCCGUGCCGAGCGGUACGAGCGGGAACGGGACGACCCUUACCACAUGGGCCGGUCGUCCUCGUACAGGUCCGGCUCAGACGACGAUGUCGACACUAUCCCCAUCGUCAACCUCGACAUCAACUUGCGCUCGCCUCCCGCUCGAACACCAACUCCUCCGCCGCGAGAACCGACGCCGCCGCCAAUGGAGGUCGACAUCGAGGGCGAGUUGCCGCCUGGACUCGCUGCACCUCUUGCGCCUCGGGCAACGUCGACACGGUCUGUGUCGCCCGUCGAGCCACCGCAGGAGGAGAAGGUGGAGCCGGCUGCGGAGGUUAGGGAGAGUCGGGCAGAGGAAGGAGCGGCGGUCAAGGUGGUGAAGAAGAAGAAGGGCAAGGCGGGCGAGGGCAAAUCGACUAAGACGAAGAAGAGUAGGACGGCGGUCGCAGCAGACGAGUAA